UUGUUUCAUUUCCUGCGUGUGUCUCUGAUCUUAGAGCUAGCUGUGAACGCACGGGUACUUAGCAUUAAGAAAUAACAAUUUAUCGGUUUUUUUUUUAUCCCCAGUAGAAAUCGAAGGUCUACUGUAGGUGCAAACAUGUCGCAUACGAUUUUGCUUGUCCAACCAACCAAGAGACCUGAGGGCCGCACAUAUGCUGACUAUGAGUCAGUAAAUGAAUGUAUGGAAGGUGUUUGCAAAAUGUAUGAAGAACAUCUUAAGAGGAUGAAUCCAAAUAGUCCUUCCAUCACUUAUGACAUUAGUCAGUUGUUUGACUUUAUUGAUGACUUGGCAGAUCUAAGCUGUCUUGUGUACAGAGCUGACACACAGACAUACCAACCAUACAACAAAGACUGGAUCAAAGAGAAGAUAUAUGUUCUGCUGCGACGUCAGGCUCAGCAGGCAUCAAAGUAAAUCUGCCAUUGAGGAGUUGUCCUGCCACGAACUUGGAGGUGCACAGUAUUUCCCCAGCAUCUUGAAGAUCUUCUGUGUGGACAUGUUAGUUCGACGAUGAAAGGGUUUACAAUUAUUGUACUUUGGGAGAGGGAGGGGUUUAAAAUUGGGUAAAAUCAGACGUUUAUGCCUUUAUAUAGAACAAGUUAUGCUCGAUAGAAUACACGUGUCUGAAAUUUGUUACAAUUUUGUUGAUUGGAAAGGACUAACUUAUUAAUUGAGAGGGAUUCCUGUUUUGAGACAUACUCUCCAGGAUAUACAAAAACUUUUUUGGUUUGUCAGUUUUGCAAAACUGUGAUAUCAAUUUUCUAAUGUGCUAAGUGGUAGGUUUGUAACAUGGUGGAUUUUGAAUGCAGAUUUAUUUUUUUGAAUGUUAUAAAAGUAACUGCAUCUAGAACAUUUAUUUCCCUAUAUUUUAUGUGUCGUUUCACAUUGUUACUUGAUUCUAUCCAAAUGAUGUAAAAUGAUGGAUUUGUAAACAUUUUGUUUUGCAUAACCCCUGAUUUCCACCAGUAUGUUUAGUUUCUGUUUCUUUGUUUUAAACAAAUAAAAUAUUGUUUUUCUGA